UAACUUGAUUGAUUGAAAGCUGUGCCUCUGUCUCUCUGCUCGUGCGCAACCCAUUUCCCUUCGGCGGUGGCGGUGGCGGUGGCGGUGUGCCGUAAAAUGUGAGGAGCUUGAAGGAGGAAAGAUGCGAAAGAGAUCUGGAGCUCUGAGAUAGAUGAAUUCGGAGAACAUGGUCGGCAUUCUUGAGUUUGGCCGUGUUUCUCCGAUCUGACCCCCCUGUCUCCGAUCCGAACAUUCCAGAGUCUCAAUCGCCGAAUUCUCUACUUCUCUCUCACCGAUCUGGUGAGAUGUCCUUCAAAAGCAUUGUACGCGAGCUGAGGGAGAUGAAAGAUGGAAUGGGGAGUAUAUCAAAACGAAGGGUGGAAGGCAAGCACUGGUGUAACCGAACCCGAUCACAUAUUGCCCCUGAUGUAGCCCCUUCUGAGCCAGUUGAACAAGGGAAGUGGGCUAACUUGCCUCCGGAAUUGCUUUUGGAUAUAAUUCGGAGGGUUGAAGAGAGCGAAACAUCCUGGCCUGCAAGGACUGAUGUCAUCUUUUGUGCAUCAGUUUGCAAAUCAUGGAGGGAUAUUACAAAGGAGAUUGUCAAGACUCCAGAGGAAUGUGGGAGACUCACAUUUCCCAUUUCAUUGAAACAGCCUGGGCCGAGGGAUUCUCCUAUUCAGUGCUUUAUUAAAAGGGACAGAACAACUUCCAUAUAUCGUCUGUACUUUGGUCUGAUGCCUUUGGAGAAUGAGAACGAAAAACUGUUGUUGGCUGCGAAAAAGAUUAGAAGGGCAACAAGCACAGAGUUUGUGAUAUCUCUGGUUGCAGAUGAUUUUUCCCGGGCCAGCAAUACAUAUGUUGGAAAAUUGAGGUCCAAUUUUUUGGGCACCAAGUUCACCAUAUAUGACAGCCAACCUCCAAGUGAUGCCACAGUAAAACAGAAUACUCGGUCAAGUCGAAGAUUUCAUGCUAAACAAGUAUCUCCAAGAGUACCCGCAUGUAGCUACAGCAUUGCCACUGUUACCUAUGAGCUCAAUGUUCUCCGGACAAGAGGGCCUAGGCGAAUGCACAGUGUCAUGCAUUCUAUUCCUGUUUCUUCUGUUCAGGAGGGGGGCUCUGCCCCAACACCGACAUCAUACCCACACUCCCUUGAUGAGAAAUUUUCUCCCUCACCAGAGUCAAAAGGAAAGGAGCCAGUCACCGAUUUCAGCUCCCCAGACCGUGUCACGUCUCCAGUAUCAGCCCCACUCUCUGGAGAGCCACUGAAUCUUAAAAACAAGUCUCCUAGAUGGCACGAACAGCUGCAGUGCUGGUGCCUAAAUUUUAAAGGUCGUGUUACUGUUGCUUCUGUUAAGAAUUUCCAGCUUGUGGCUGCUGUUAAUCCAUCUCACAACGUGCCAACUGCAGAGCAAGAAAAGGUAAUUUUACAGUUUGGAAAGAUUGGAAAAGACAUCUUCACCAUGGAUUAUCGAUACCCACUCUCUGCCUUCCAAGCUUUCGCAAUCUGCUUGAGCAGCUUCGACACAAAACCAGCCUGUGAAUAAUGAUAUUAUCCAUAUGGAACAUAUCUGUUGUUGAGCAUGAUCAUAAUUUUGCUGAAGUUGCUCCUAUAACUCUGAAUCUGAAGUAUGUUUGUUCUCAACAUGGAAGCUCAUCAUGCAUGGCCAGGCUUUAUGACUGACAGUUUUAGCUGUAAGUUGCUUUUUGUAAGUGCCAUAUAUGUGUUUACCAGCAGGGGAUAAAUUUUAUGCCUUUUAACUGUCAUCUUAAUUUUGGCAUUAUGGGUAUUUAUUGUACACAGAUCAAUGAUUUGUAUGCUUUUAGCUGCAUUGGUUUGUUGUGAUUUGUCUUGACAUUGUUUUUACUCAAAUCAUGCCAAGAAUACUUUUUCACCGUA